AUGGCUCAACCAUGGGAUGUUAUUGUAAUCGGAUCAGGUAUUGGUGGCCUUACUGCCGCUACGCUUCUCGCCAAAGCAGCCAACAAGAGGGUGCUCGUGCUGGAGAAGCAUUUCGAACGCGGUGGUCUGACCCAAACUUUUCGACGUGAUGGGGCUUCUUGGGACGUCGGCCUUCACUAUGUUGGCGGAUUGAACAAGGGCUCAAGAGUCCGAACUCUGUUUGAUUACAUGUCAAACAGUGCGCUUGAGUGGAACAAAAUGCCAGACGACUUUGAGAGAUUCAUUUACCCCGAUAUCGAAUUUUUGGUUCCCUCGGAUCCCCUUGAAUAUCAAAAACGACUCAUAGACAUCUACCCCGAGGAGGCAAUAGCAAUUCGUCGCUACUUCACAGAUCUAGACGAGAUCUACAACUGGCAUGUGAACGGCACAAUUCAACUUGCUCUACCUUGGCCGGCCAAAGACCUGACUAAUCUGUCACGCCGGCGGAAAAGCAAGAAAGCGACACAAACGACCAAAGAGUAUUUAGAUAGCCGCUUCAAGUCACCCCAGCUCAAGCGCCUCCUCUCCACGCAGUGGGCAGAUUAUGGAAUGGUUCCGUCAGAGAGUGCAUUUGCAAUUCAUGCCCUCGUUACUCAGAGUUACAUGGAUGGUGCGUGGUAUCCCAAGGGAGGCUCCAGCAGAAUAUCACGGACUUUUGAAACCAACAUCGAGGCUGCUGGGGGAGUCAUCAAAGUUUGCAAAGAAGUGACAAGCAUUAUUACCGACAAGAACGGGAAGGUGUGCGGAGUAAAGGCUGUUGAUCUCAGCGGCGACAAGUUGACUGAGGUCGAGUAUCACGCACCUGCUGUCAUUUCUAAUGUUGGUGCUGGCCUGACUUAUACAAAGCUGCUACCUACGGACGGGGAUAUUGGCCGUCGAACAGCGGCUGUCCGCAAAUUGAUCGAGCGAAUUGGUAGUGGAAUAUCUUCAGUGACUCUCUAUCUUCGCCUCAGCAAGCCAGUAUCGACCCUUGGGAUUAAAGGCGAGAACUACUGGAUUAAUACAACGAUCGAGAAGAGUGACCUGGAUUCUCAGACCAAGUCUGUUAUCGCCGGAAAGCCGGGCUUCGGUUAUAUGUCUUUCCCAUCUUCCAAGAGUGGUGAAGACCGUUUCCACACAGCUGAAGUCUUGGCUUUGGUCAAGGCAGAACAUUUCUCGACCUGGAAGGCUACACAACACGGAAAUCGUGGAAAAGAUUAUCUCGAUCUCAAGGAUCGAAUCUCGCAGGGUCUACUGGAUCUUGCCGAGACCGCCGCACCCGGCCUCAAGUCGUUGGUCGAGUAUUCUGAGCUUUCAACACCACUCUCCGUGAUUGAUUAUAUAUCAAGCCCCUCCGGUGAUAUUUAUGGACUCAAGGGGACACCGGAGAGAUACCAUGGCGCUGCACUUUUGUCAAAAUCAUAUGUGCCUGGGCUUUAUAUGACCGGGCAAGAUGCGGCGUCUCUCGGCAUUGCUGGCGCGCUUGUCGGGGGUCUCAUGACUGCAAGUCGAGUACUGGGGCCAUUUGGUCUCAUUAGCAUCAUGAAACAAGUAGAGAGUGAGGCCAAGGGUGGUCCGUGUAUCCUCCCAGAUGAAAAACGAUGCCUCGACAAGAUGAAGGCAGUUGUGAUUGCUAAGACUGCCUUGACCUCGAGUAUUUGGAAACUCGAACUCGAACUGCAAAAUAUAGUGGCAUUCGUUCCGGGUCAGUAUGCCCUUCUCAAGGUGGCGCCAUUUGACUGGAGAUACUACUCAAUCGCUGAGAUUGAGAAUCGUCGUUUGACACUGCUUAUCAGUACUCGGACCGGAGGAUACGGUUCAACUUAUGUCGAGAAAGUGGAACCUGGGGCCGAAACAGAAGUUGAACUUCCGUUUGGAAGUUUUAGGCUACAGAAUAACGACUGCCACAAGGUGUUUUUAGCAACGGGGACAGGUGUCGUGCCUUUUCUCCCAAUGUUCAGAGCAAUGGAAGAAGCUGGCAAGCUGACAUCUGCUGAGCUAUAUUUCGGCUGUCGCUUUGCAGCAGAAAAUAUAACGAGAGGAUUUUCACAUCUCCCGAAGACGACUAUAUGUCUCAGUGGCGAGCCAGGGGGUGGCGGUGGAUUUUAUGGCCGAGUGACCCAGGCGCUUGAUUUGCAUGAGUUCAAUCCUGAUACGACGGAAUUCUACCUUUGUGGCUCACCUGCUAUGGUAAGAGACUGCCAAGCUUUACUUACUAGAAAAGGGGCGAAGAAGAUAUUGACGGAGCCCUAUUGA